AUGGCUUCACUAGCUGCUUUGAAUUUAUUCAAUGUCAAGGGACGUGUGGCGGUGGUCACAGGUGGUAGCAGUGGAAUAGGAUUGAUGAUAUCCAAGGGAUUAGUCACAAAUGGAGCCAAAGUGUACGUGGUGUCAUUGCCCAGUGAUCCAAUCACUGAGGUGGUCAAUGAGCUCAAUGAGCUGGGACGAGAAGCAGGGGGAUAUGCUGAAGGAAUUCCCUGUGAUCUGACUUCAAAAGAUUCCAUUCAAGACCUUGCUCAGACCAUAUCCCAGAAGGAGAACACCUUGGAUAUGCUCAUCUCCAAUGCUGGGAUUCGCCAUGAUCCUCCUCAUUCCUGCAAUGUGUUGACUGCCUCAAUAGAGGAACUCCAAGCCUCUAUGUGGUCAAUCAGACAAGAAGACUGGGAGAACACAUUUCGUGUCAAUACGACCGCCCAUUACUUCCUCAGUAUCGCCUUGCUGCCUCUACUGGCCGCAGCAGCUGAUAAGCCGAUUAAUGGGGGGAUCAAGGGCAGAGAUGAAGGAAGAGGAGUGAUCGUGAUCACAAGCUCAUGUGCAAGUAUGCAUAAUGUGACAAAUGUUGAUCUAACAAGCUAUGCUACAAGCAAAGCAGCGACCGAUCAUCUGGUAAGAUUGCUGGCAGCUAAGUAUAAUCGAUUUUAUGUGAGAGUCGUGGGCAUUAAUCCUGGGUUUGUUCCAAGCAAUAUGAACCCAGUUGGCGCAGAAGGAAACAUUUUCAGUUCUCUAUUCGACAAAGUACCCGCAAAGAGGGCUGGGUCCUCUGAAGAUCUUGCUGGGACAAUUUUAUACCUAGUGAGCAAAGCUGGGGCUUAUGUCGAUGGAGUUUCCCUUUGCGUAGAUGGUGGCCGAAUUCUACUGGCAAAUGGGCAGGAGUGA